AUGAAUGUGAUCGACUUCUUCCCGCGGCCGAACAGCGGCACUGCUGACGCGGCUUAUCACGAGAAAGUCGUUCAUGGUAAACAGCGGGGAGAAAUAUGCAAAGGCCACGAUGAGCGUCCUGAUUUGAAGAAGUGGCUAGUGCGCCGUGUUGAAAGUCUGCGAGGGGAGGUCGAUGUUGAGGUCGAACUAUUCCCUGCAUUCAUCAAUGACGAAGACAGCGAUGGUGACCUAGAGCGACCAACUAUUGCCUUUCAAAAAGAGGCAAGCAAGCACCAUCUGGGAGAUGGCGUCACCGCACAGUUCCGUCUCAUUGAGGGACAAUCCGUCGCGUUCAUCCUGCACGACAAUCAAGACACAGGACCAGCGAAUAACACGACGGCCUUGAUCGAUGAGGUACAGAAAACGACGCACAAGUUCUGGACUCGGUGGAUCUCGCAGAGCAAGUACCAUGGACGUUGGGAGAGCGUUGUGACAAGAAGUUUACUUAUCCUCAAACUUUUGACAUACGAACCUACAGGAGCCAUAGUUGCUGCUCCAACCUUCUCACUGCCAGAAGAUUUCGGAGGCGCACGGAAUUGGGACUACCGGUUUUCUUGGGUUCGCGACUCGUCAUUCACGAUAUACAUAUUCCUUCGCAUGGGUUUCAAGUACGAAGCCGAAGCGUACACAAGCUUCAUCUUCCAGCGGGUAGCGGAAGCAAAGGCCAGAAAAGGGGCUCUCCCCAUCAUGUUCACCAUACGAGGGGAGACUGACAUCCCAGAGAUUGAGCUAACACAUCUGGAGGGUUAUCGUGCUAGCAAACCGGUCAGGAUCGGUAACGGGGCAGCGUUCCAUCUACAGCUCGAUAUAUACGGAGAGCUGAUGGAUGGCAUUUACUUGAGUAACAGACUGGGAAAACCGAUUUCUUACGACCAAUGGCUUUCUGUGCGCGACAUCACAGACUAUGUCUGCUCAAUCUGGAAGGAGAAAGAUAUGUCCAUCUGGGAGGUCCGCAACGCUAAGCAGAACUUUGUGUACUCGAAGAUCAUGCUUUGGGUCGCCGUGGAUCGCGCUCUCCGAUUAGCAGAAAAGAGGUGUUUUCCAUGCCCGCGGAGACAAGAGUGGUACCGGGUACGAGACGAAAUCAUGGAAGAAGUCAUGGAAAAAGGUUACAACCGUGAGCUGGGCGCUUUCAUCCAAAGCUACGAGUCCAACGAGAUGCUCGAUUCAGCGGUCCUCGUUGCCCCUCUAGUCUUCUUCGUGGCUCCCAACGAUCCGAGGUUCUUAGGGACCCUCGACCGGAUACUGAAGGCUCCGGAAAAAGGUGGCCUGACCAGUACCGGUCUGGUGUACAGGUACAAUUCGGCAAAGUCUGAUGAUGGUAAGCUCAAAGUCCUUUAG